AUGGAUGUAGCUAGCGGCAGAGGAAAGCGAAGGAAGGGGAAGGAAAUCAUAUCUCCACCUAUGAGGCUUUUAGGGAACUUUGUUUGCUAUGACCCAACGGUUUGGUACCGAAGAGAUAGUUACGCAAAGGACAGCAAUUCCACCAACUUUCUCAAUUACAUCGACCCUCUCUCCGAACUAGCCAGCAAGCAUGUGAACAGGCAAGCCAAGCAUGCGAGCAGUAGGAGCAAGUCCGAACCUGCUAGCACGAGCCAGGUCGAUGUAAUUGAGGGUUCGCCUAUCCGUACUACUACUUUAUCCAUCUCCGUAGCUGACGUAUUUCGCACUACUGAACAAGACUCGAGCGCGUCUAAACGCCCUUACCCAAAUACCAAUUGCACUGAAAAUUGGAGACAGAAAGAUUUUUUCUCGAAAUUGAUUUAG